CACAUAAUUUACUUGCCACCCCACGACCAUAUCCUUUGUGCUGCCCCAAUCAGAUCACCAUUGUUGUUCCGAGGGGGCCCCAUUUAGUCAUUUUCUGUUCCAAAGGAACCCUCCCUGCCUGCCCCACUCCAAAAACAAGAAUGAUUAGCAACUCAUUAACAAAUGCGAAUCCAAUCAAAUAAGAGGAGCGGAGAGAUAAAUGUGUCGACUUUUUCACUUGUUGAGCCUUUUUCUGUUUUUUUUUUUCUUUGUUCAGCCCUUCAAUAAAUAAAUAAAUUUCCCUUCCUAUCAUUCUUCAAAGAUUCCACCCAUUUCAGUUUCCACCACCAUUGCAGUCGCCUCUCCCUUUCUUCAUCUUCUUCUUCCUUUUUCUCCUUUUUAUAUUCACUCUAUUUUCCAUCACAAUUCACAUUAUUAUUAUUAUAUACUGUAACCAAAAAAAAAAAAAAAAAGAAAAUCUGAUCAGAGGUUGGGGACUUCUCUUGGUGGGUGUUGAUGGUUGGGUCUUUCUUCAUUACCUUUAACUCUUUAAACAAUCAGAAAUUCAACCAUCUGCAUUUCAAAUCAAACUGACAUUGAGCCUAGUCAUAGAAUUAUCAUGACUGGUAUUGAUGAUAAUAUUGCUAUUAUUGGAGAUUGGAUACCUGCUCCUUCCAGCCCAAGAACAUUUUUCACAGCUAUGUUAGGUGAUGAUAUUGGCUCAAAACCAGUCUCUGAAACUCCUGUGGAAAAUAAAACUGAGGAACUCUUCCUAGGAUCUCAAGGGAUGAUGAUAGCAGAGAAUAGUGACAAAAAGGAUGUUCUCCAAGGUUGCGAACAAUUGAAUGAAUCAGGGUCAAUUUCUGAGCAAAAAUCAAGUUCGCGGGGCGGUCUGGUGGAAAGGAUGGCGGCCAGAGCUGGAUUUAAUGCUCCAAAAUUGAAUACUGAAAGCAUCAGGUCUGCUGACCUUUCACUUAACCCUGAAAUUCGUUCUCCAUACUUGACAAUACCUCCAGGUCUCAGCCCCACAACACUGCUAGAAUCUCCAGUUUUUGUUUCAAAUUCAAUGGUACACCCAUCCCCGACUACCGGCAAAUUCCCAUUCAUUCCUAAUGGUAUCAGUAGGAGUUCUAUAUCAGAGUCCCCUGAUAAAAGUAAAGAUAACUAUUUUGAGGACAUCAAUGCAUCAGCAUUUGCAUUCAAGCCUGUUGCAGAAUCAAAUUCCUCUUUUCUCCUAGGUGCAAUGAGCAAAAUUACUCCAGCUAGUCUUACUCAGCAGUCCUUUCCGAUUAUAGAGGUUUCAGUUCAGUCUGAGAAUUCUUUUCCAUCUCAAAAUGUAGAAAAGGGGAAACUCCACCCCCAAAACAGCAACGGGCUCAGCCUCGAGGCAGAUUUCUCUAGAUCAUCAACUAAAAAAGACACCGGGAGUAACAACUUUGCAGAUCAAAGGGUCUUUGAUCCUGUUGUUGGGAGUGCUGAACAUUCACCGCCUCUUGAUGAGCCACAGGAUGAACAAGGAGUCAGUGGAGAUUGCAUGGCUGGUGGUGCGCCAUCUGAGGAUGGAUAUAAUUGGAGAAAAUAUGGACAAAAACAAGUUAAAGGCAGUGAGCAUCCUCGUAGUUAUUAUAAGUGCACACAUCCAACUUGUCAGGUGAAAAAGAAAGUGGAGCGUUCUCAUGAAGGUCACAUAACGGAGAUCAUAUACAAGGGAGCUCACAAUCAUCCCAAGCCUCCACCCAAUCGCCGAACAGCCAUUGGAUCAUCUAACCCACUAAUCGACAUGCAACUAGAAGUCCCUGAACAAACUGGCCCUCAAAAUGGUAUUGAUGGUGAUCAUGUUUGGGCAACUGCAAAGAAGGGAACAGAUGCUGUUACUCAUGAUUGGAGGCAUGACAACAUUGAGGUGACAUCAUCUGCAACUGUGGGUCCUGAGUAUGGCAAUGGACAGGCCCCAAAUAGUACUUACUUUGAAUCAGGUGAUGCAGUGGAUGCCUCAUCUACAUUUUCUAAUGAUGAAGAUGAAGAUGAUCAGGUGACACAUGGCAGUGUCUCAUUAGGUUAUGAUGGUGAAGGAGAUGAAUCUGAGUCAAAGAGAAGGAAAAUUGAAGCUUAUGCAACCGAAAUGAGUGGAGCCGCACGAGCUAUUCGUGAGCCUAGGGUUGUGGUCCAGACAACCAGUGAGGUGGACAUCCUAGAUGAUGGAUAUCGCUGGCGUAAGUAUGGCCAGAAAGUAGUGAAAGGAAAUCCAAAUCCAAGGAGUUACUACAAAUGCACUAGUGCUGGCUGCACAGUGAGGAAGCACGUAGAGAGAGCAUCACAUGACCUUAAGUCAGUAAUUACCACCUAUGAAGGAAAGCACAAUCAUGAUGUUCCUGCUGCUCGUAGUAGCAGUCAUGUCAAUUCUGCUACCUCUAGCACGGUAACUGCCCAGGCAGCUUCCUCUGUCCAAACUCAUGCGCAUGGGGCUGAGCCAUCACAACUUCACAACAGUAUGGUUAGACCUGCGUCAUUUGGUCCAUUUACACUGCCUGGAAGGCAGCAACUGGGUCCUUCUCCUGGAUUCUCUUUUGGAAUGAACCAACCAGGCCUGGCAAACUUGGCAAUGGCUGGGUUGGGCCCCGGCCAAGCCAAGCUGGCGGUUCUGCCUGUUCAUCCAUUUAUGCCCCAGCAACCCCAGAUUAAUGGAAUGGGUUUCAUGUUGCCGAAAGGAGAGCCAAAGAUGGAGCCAAUGUCUGAACCUGGUUUGAAUCUAUCCAACAACACAUCAGUAUACCAGCAAAUUAUGAGUAGGCUGCCUCUUGGACCUCAGAUGUAAAUUAUCCGUUUUUUACUCCAUGAAAAUUUCUUUUUCGGUUGUUCUGAGAAAAGUAGAAGCAUAUAUGUUUCCAAUAUAUAAAUGAGCAUUUGCAUCAUCGCUCGGCCUUCCUUAUUAUUCUUUUGAUGAAUUGAACAUAAGUUGAAAUGGUUAUGAGAUUUCUUUUGAUUUCUACUUGCACGGAGAAUAUGGAAGAGUAUAGUACCAAAUUUGGAACUGUAACACUUGAUAGUUCGAACUUGAGUUGAGGAUGGUAGAAAACUAAGCCCAGAAAAAGAUGCUUUAGUAAAUUGUUACAAUAAGU